AUGGACAAUCUCGGAACGGCAUCACCUCUCAGUAUUGCAGAUAAGUGGGACAUUACAUUCCACCCGAACAGCAGCCAGAUUGCGAGACGUUGCAAACAGGCCAACGAAUGUGCAAGUAAACAGCUCAGCGUAGACAUGGAAAAGUUGACUUUGGAAGAACAGAAAGCUUGUCAACGCGUAGAGAAAGAGCAGGAUCUGUUAUGUCAAGAAUUCCUCGGAGCCAAGGACCACUGUGAAGACGGAAGAAAGCUUUCGGACACUUCCAAGCCUCGCUACGCCAAGCGCGUGCAGCGCUCGAAGACCGUGGAUUUCAGACAAGUCUACUCACCACCACGUGUGGGUAUUAAAGGAGGCAGUUUUACCCUCGACGAAUUCUCACCAGGCAUUCAAAGGACAACAUCAUUUAAAACGAUUGGAAGAGGUAGCAUUUCAUCAACUAGCCAAAGCUCACUUCGUUCCAUUUCUUCUAUCUCAAGUGAGCAGCAGCAGCUGCAGCAGCAUCAGACAUUGGACCAAGGAGAGGACAGAGGGAGUCGACGAAAAUCCCAUGAAGAGGUACAACCAGAUUGGCAGAUAGCUCUGGCAUUGAAGCGAAGGCAGAAACUAUCUCAACUGCAGAUGUUCCGUGAGAUGGGACAUUGGGGUGAAGAUGGAUGUCAGAAGGCAACAGCAAUGCUUACAGGAUGUCCUUUCAAUCCAAUUUCACCUGGCUCCACCGCCUUAUCCUACGUUGGUAAAGUGGUUGCGAAUGAAGAUACCGACACCCACUGA